GCCUACCCAGUAUAUACCGUUUUUUUGAGACAACAUGGAAAUGGGACACACCCGACAGCACUGACUUGUUUCUACGAUGGGGUGUGUAAACACUACUACAAGAAAAAAGAACUGUAGUCAACAACUACCUGUCCACACAGGUAUGAUGAUGAACCGCUGUGGUCUGCUAACUCUCCAGAGGGAACCAGUUCCUCUGAAGAGCAUUGAGGUGGAGCUGGAGGUGAGGGACCAUGUGGCUACAGUGGUCUCCAUUCUGAACUAUAAGAACAAGGAGGACAAACCAUUAGAGGCUGUUUUUGUCUUCCCUCUGCCUGGAGAUGCUGCUGUCUGUCAUUUCAGUGCUCAGAUUGGACAGACACAGAUUGUAGCUGAAGUGAAGGAGAAACAGAAGGCUCGUGAGGAGUAUGAUGAUGCUCUGAGCUCCGGUCAGCAGGCCUUCCUAUUGGAGGAGAGUGAUGAGAGUCCAGAUAUAUUCUCUCUGCAUGUGGGCAGUCUGCCUCCAGGAGAGAGCGCCUCCAUCAGGUUGGAGUACGUCAUUGAGCUGGCUGUGCAGGCUGAUGAUGGUCUGAGGUUCUGUCUGCCUGCUGUGCUCAACCCUCGAUACCAACCUCAGGGUAGUAAAGGUGCAGGUGUCCAAGUGACUUCUGUUCCAGCCUCUCUGGUGCCCUACAGUCUGUCUUUUUCUGCCCGAGUGUCCUCUCCUCGUCCGAUCUCUAAAGUAGAGUCCAACUGUUCCCUGGACCCUCUGCAGUACCUCAACACUGAUCAAACCCAGGCCACGGUCAAGCUGGCUGCAGGACACAAGUUUGACAGAGAUGUUGAACUGCUGAUUUAUUACAAAGACGCCCACCAGCCCACUGCUGUGGUGGAGGCAGGACAGGCCUCUGCUGAGUCGGGCUCUCUGAUGGGUGAUCCAGUGGUGAUGGUGAGUCUGUACCCUGAGUUCCCCCAGUCUGUGAUGUCUUCAACGGCUUCAUGUGGAGAGUUUGUGUUCUUAAUGGAUCGAUCUGGAAGUAUGAGUAAUACUCGCAUCCGCAGUGCCAAGGAUACUCUGCUCCUCCUGUUGAAGAGCUUACCAAUGGGCUGCUAUUUCAACAUUUACAGUUUCGGGUCCAGAUAUGAACACAUCUUUCUUAAGAGUGUGGAGUACAGCCAGCAGACCAUGGAGGAGGCUCUGAAGAAAGUUGAGCAGAUGGAGGCUGAUCUUGGUGGAACAGAGAUCCUGCAGCCCCUCAAACAUAUUUACAGCCAGCCCUGCAUUCAAAAUCAGCCCAGACAGUUGUUUGUCUUUACUGAUGGAGAGGUGGGGAACACCAAAGAAGUGAUCGAUCUGGUGAAGAAGAAUUCAGGUUCUCACAGGUGUUUCUCUUUUGGGAUUGGGGAAGGGGCCAGCUCUGCUCUCAUCAAUGGGAUGGCCAAGGAAGGAGGAGGUGACGCUCAGUUCAUCACGGGGACUGACAGGAUGCAACCAAAAGUGAUGCAGUCGCUGCGAUUUGCUCUGCAGCCAGCUGUCGUCGACAUCUCAGUCACAUGGGAUUUACCAAAGGAAGUGUCUGUCACUGUCCUCUCUCCACCCAUCACAACACUUUUCCAGGGUCAGAGGUCACUGAUUUAUGCCCAGCUCACUGGACAGAGCUCAGAGGCAGCAGAGGGCUGUGUGACGCUGAAGUACAGCCUGGCAGGUCAUCCCUCUGAGAACCAGCUGCACUUCAGUCUCAGACCUGCAGAGGACACUGGACUAACAGUUCACAGGUUGGGUGCUCGCAAUCUGAUUCGUUCCCUGGAGAUGGAGGAGAGAGAUCGUAGAGGACAGCAAGAUGGAGGAGUGAAGGAGAAGGUGGUGCAGCUCAGUGUCCAAUCAGGAGUGAGCAGUUCGUUCACUGCCUUUAUUGCUGUCAACAAAGACAACAGCGAAGUGAUUCAAGGACCUCUUGUGCGCAGAAAUAUUCCAACACCCUGUACUUUCCCAAUAUUAAAGAGUUCAGGACGACAUAUGAGUGCUUUCAGAAUUUUAGGGCGUUCAGGACGAUAUAAGAGAGAGAGAAGAGAGUUGGGAUGUCUCUCAGUUCAUAUGGAUGCUCCACGUCGUAAGGGUAUAAGUCAUAAGGCUAUAAACUCUAUUUUUUACAUUAUAGUGUCUGGCUCCCCGGUGAUGUAUGAGGAAAUUGAAACAGAUGGAUUCCCGAUGAUGGAAGAAGAAAACCAGUCAAUAAAAUCUGCUGUGCCUGAGCAGCCACCCAGAGACCCUUUGCUGCAGUUAGUCUCCCUGCAGGAGGCGUCUGGCUGCUGGCUGCUUGAUGCAGCUCUGGCUGCUGCACUGGGAAAGACCAACGAGGAGGUGGAAAAGUCAAAGCCUGAAAAGGCCAGCAGUGAAGUGUGGGGCACCAUUCUGGCUCUGAUCUGGCUUCAUGGUUUCAAGAUGGAUGCAAAGGACGAGUGGGAGCUUCUGGCUAUGAAGGCUGCCUCAUGGCUCCGUGCUCAGAAUGCACCGUGUGUGUCAGAGUGUGUGGAUGCUGGAAAUGUCCUGCUGGGUUGCAGCGUGAAGAAAGAAGCUCUGGGACUCUGAGGGUUUUCUUCAAGUAGCUUCAUCUUCAGAGUGAACAGAAGCAGGUCUACUUACUCCACACUGCCUUUGAUACAGAGCUGUUUUAUAUCAUCAACCCCUUUUACAUGUUUAUUUGUAUUUGAAUUAUGUACCUAAUUUUGGUUUUACCAUUGUGGAAAAAAAGUAUGUGCACAAUUAUCUGAAUACUCCUAACACAGUAAAAGAUUGGACCACUGCUGUGGCAGCUCAUUCAGAAAGUGUUUUAAUUCCCUUUCUCUGCCACUAGAUGGCGAUUAUGCUCAUACUUUUACUUAUCUCACACAGAAACACCAAAACCAAUCUAAGAAGAGUCUUUUCCCUUCCUGUUAUAGUUCUGAAAAUGGCUUCAGUUCAGGACAUUUUCAAGACGGUCCUCAGUGAAUUGGAGUGAAUAGAGCUAAACUUUGAAAAUAACUAUUUACAGUGUUUACACCAUCUUCUAAACAAAAAAGUCUAUCCUAGCUUUUAUUUUUUAAAAAGUCAUAUUUUUAUGGCCAAAUUGAAAUGAAACUAUACAGAACGUCAUUCUGUUUCUCUCACAGGAGUUACAAUUUUAUCCAUAAAACACUUUCAUUCUGCUAAUUGACACUGAUUGGUCCUUGAACGUCUUAAGACAGCACAUAGUCUUCAUUCAUGUUUGCUUACUUAUGAUUAUUUUUGAAUUUUCAAAAGUGCCUGUUUUGUAAUGAGUUUCCAAAUAAUACUUAGCAUAAAAAGUUAUGAAAUUUAUGUUUGGUCUGUUAUUUCUUUGUUGUAACAAUGUUUCUUGGCAAUAAAUUGUAUAUUAUUGGAAA